AUGGAAGGAGUCGAUCUGAAAAUGCUCCUCACACAAGUACCCUCCAAGCUAGAUCUUAAAGCAAUGUUUUCCAAAAUGGAGAAGAGCUUUGGCGCCAAACUACAAACACUCCAUGAGGAGGUAAGCCACAUAGGCAACAGGGGACAAACAUUAGAGGAAGAGGGGGAAAUGACAAUCACAAAUAACAAAUGUGCAAUCCCUACAACAAGCCCACAAUGAGGUCAUAAUAUUCCUGCAAAGGAAAAUGGAAGAUCUAGACAAUAGGGGAAGGCGUAACAACCUCAGAAUAAGAGGCCUCCCUGAGGCUCCAGACGGAGAAAGUGAGAACAUAAUACACACACUCACAAGCCUUUUUAACAAGUUACUGGACAGACCGCUGGACACAAUAAUUAAAUUUGACCGAGCACACAGAGGGGUCAGGCCAAAAGCGCUACCCCAUGAAAAACCAAGGCACAUUAUAUGCAGAUUACAUCAUUUCCCACUUAAAGAAACAGUUCUGCAAAAGGCCAGGAAAAAUCAGAGACAUUGCAUACGGAGACGACAAGGUGAUCUUUCAAGACCUGGCGCAAUCAACACUCAUUGCAAGGAGAGCACUGCAUCCAAUAACGACGGCCCUAUCUGAAACCAACAUAAGAUUUCGGUGGUCAUUUCCUUUUGCACUUGUGGUGUUCCAACAAGGGAAAACACACUCGAUCUCUACCCCUGCAGAUGUCUCGGCGUUCCAACAAGCCCUGGGCCUCCCAAUGGAUACAGUGGAAGACUGGACAGGCUACCCCAAAGGGCUAAAUGGCAACGCACCCCAAGAAAAAGAAGACGUACCCCAUCGGGCAAUGAACUCACAACGACACCUAAAGGCGCAAUGA